GCUUGUCAUAUUAUACGAUAAAAAAUAAAUUGUCAGUUUCCUUAGUUGGAUAAUAUUGUUCAGAAUGAUACACUCAUCAACUCGAAUGUUCAACGAAUUGGAAGAAACCAGAUCGAUAUCUUCGUCUGCAUGCCAGAAGCAAAAUGCCAUUCAAUCCAAAAAGUAUGUAACGCAAUUAAUGACUCGAUUCAAUGCAAUGCAAGGGUGGUUUAUCCGAUGUUCUCGGAUUGAGAAGGUAAAAACAUUAUCCGAAAUGCUCCGUUUGUUAAAAUCGAUAAAUUCACUAUCGACGUUACUCAGCUUAUUGAUGACCAUUUACGAAAGUUCGUAUACGUAUGCUUCUUUGGAAGCAAGCAUAAAUUUUGUGUACGAUAAAUCAUUAAAUGAUCAUAACAGAGCAAUGCAUACUCCAACACUAAAAAAGGUUCAAAAUGCCGAUUUAGAGUGGUUUGCAAAUUUGAGCGAAGAAUCAGAACAAACUAUGAUUCUGAUUGGCUUACUGCGCUUAGGAGGAGGAGCGGUGCUUUACCAGAUAUACAGACGAGGAGUAAGCCUCUACCACGAGGUGGUCUCCAAUACAAGACUAGGAGAAUCACAUUCCGCCCAGCUGAUUAAUCGACGAAAGUCGCGAAGUUUCUCCGACUGGCCACUGGUCGACAUGCUCAUCAGUCCACAAAAUAAAGAAAAUCCGGCCAAGAUGGAAGUGGAACAAUGUACAAAAAUUUGGAACGACGCCAUGAAACAAUAUAGACCUCUCCCCAAGAAAAGCGGCGCAGAUCAAACGAAAGAUGGAAAGAAAAACAAGAAAGAGAAAGGGAAAAGUGCAAAAAAAACCAAAACAGGGAAAGAAACGAAAGGUGGAAAAAAGACCAAGAAAGGGAAUGACGAUGACGGCGAGUUAGACUGGAUUCAGUUGUGUCCAAUUUGGAUUGUGAAAAAAAUUUUCGGUUAUCUCGACGCGAAAACGCUGAAAAAGAUAGUGGGAGUAAAUAAGUAUUGGAAAGCGGCAGUGAACGAUUUUCAAGCGGAUUUAAAGUCUAGAAAAUUGUUGAAGAAAUUCAUUGUCAAAUUCGAGAAAGGGACGCCUGCAGGGUGCGAGAUUGUACCAAAGCGAGCAGGAGGAGCAGAUCCUACUACCAAGAAGCGUUUGAAGCGUCUUUGGGAAAGAGGAGCUGCGUCCCCUAAAAUUAAUGCACCCUUUCAAAAACAUGCGGUGGAAAUUCCUGCGGUGGUGGAUUUCCAGGAAUGGGACAAAUACAUUUUAGAUAUGAGACAUUUAAAAAUGUUUCCAAGAUGUCUGUGGACAUAUGAACCAACGGAGCAUUCAAGGCCAAUCGAAAAUAGACGAAUGAGUUAUGCGUCAUUUACUCGUGUUCCAUCUAACGAAAGUCAUUCUACUGCACUGCAAUAUGCUAACAAUGCCAAAUGAUCAUAAAUAAUUCUACUUAAGGAAACAAAGAACUUUAUAAAUUGCCCUUAUUUUCGACCCAACAGAACAAAAAAAAUUCGAAAGUGGCACUUGGUAAGUGCCGACAAAAUUGAAUAUCUCUUUCUC